AUGUCGGCGUCGAACGAUGGCUACGGCCAAAACCCCCCGCAGCAACAGCCUUUUGUCGAUCAGCCUCAGGAUGGCUACGACCCCCAGACUGGUCAAGCCACUCAGCCUGCUGCCGCCGACCAUGGCAAAAAGAAGAAGAGAGGCUACGCGACCCAGGCGUACGAGUUCGGAGCUGGUGCCAACUCCAAUGUUGCUGGCGCACCUGCGCAAGCGCCAGGCGGUCUGUAUGGCAUGCCUCAGCCGCAAGCUUCAGCAUAUGGAGGUUAUCCCCAACAGGAUGCCCAGCCCGCGGCUGCAGCUUAUGGCUCUCCGCAGUCGCAACAGUAUGGUAUACAACAGCCCGCUGCCGCCCCGGCCGGAGGUUAUGGUGGAUAUCAACCCCCGGAUGCCAGUUACCCUGCACCCGGUGGCGCUCCUGCCGCCGGCGGAGUUGCUGGCCUCAAUCAACAGAUGGCCGGCAUGAAUCUCGGUGGCCAGCCGCAACAGCCUGCUUCUGGUCAGGGCGCUCGUCCUAUGGCCCUGAACCAGCUGUAUCCUACUGAUUUGAUGAAUCAGCCGUUCAACGUCUCCGAAUUGGAUCUGCCUCCUCCUCCCAUCAUACUGCCUCCCAACACUAGCGUAACCCCUUCCCCCGACGCGAACUGUUCCCCCAAAUACGUGCGCUCUACCCUCAAUGCCGUUCCGACGACACACUCCCUCCUUAAGAAGUCGCGGUUACCUUUUGCGCUUGUCAUCCAGCCAUACGGGGCUCUCCAUGACAGCGAAGACCCGAUUCCCAUCGUGCAGGAUCAAGUCAUUGCACGCUGCCGAAGGUGCAGGACAUAUAUCAACCCCUUUGUCACCUUCUUGGACCACGGCCACCGAUGGCGCUGCAACAUGUGUAACCUGACAAAUGACGUACCUCAAGCCUUCGACUGGGAUGCCGCGUCGCAGAGAAGCACUGAUCGAUGGGGCCGUUACGAGCUGAACUACUCUGUCGUCGAAUUUGUCGCACCCCAAGAGUACAUGGUCCGCCCUCCCCAGCCUCUUGUUUACCUUUUCCUCUUUGAUGUGAGCUACGCCGCUGUCUCAACCGGCCUGCUUGCCACUAGCGCCCGGACCAUUCUCGACAGCCUUGACAGGAUACCCAAUGCCGAUCGUCGCACUCGACUUGGCUUUAUUGCCGUAGAUUCCAGCUUACACUACUUUUCGGUUCCCAAGGAUGGUGAAGAAAACGCCGAAACCAACAUGUUGGUGGUCAGCGACUUGGAUGAGCCUUUCCUCCCCGUGCCCCAGGACCUGCUAGUGCCUUUGACGGAAAGCCGCCAGAGCAUUGAAAGCUUUCUAACGAAGUUGCCAGAAAUGUUCCAGAGCAACCAAAACAACGGUUCUGCGAUGGGCUCGGCCCUCAGAGCAGGCCACAAGCUCAUUUCAGCCCUGGGAGGAAAAAUCGUGGUGCUUAGCGCCUCGUUGCCUAACGUAGGUGUCGGCAAACUGGAAAUGCGUGAAGACAAGAAGCUUCUCGGUACAAGCAAGGAAAGCAGCUUAUUGCAGACUUCAAACAGCUUUUAUAAGAGCUUUGCCGUGGAAUGCUCCAAGAACCAAGUCUCCAUCGACAUGUUCCUGUUCUCGUCGCAAUACCAGGAUGUCGCCUCCCUUAGCAACUUGCCGAGAUAUACCGGAGGUCAAACCUGGUUUUAUCCCGGUUGGAACGCCGGCCGUCCAGAGGAUGCCAUCAAGUUCGCCUCUGAAUUCAGUGAUUACUUGUCCUCAGAAAUUGGGUUGGAGGCCGUCCUUCGCGUUCGCGCCACCACUGGCUUACGCAUGAAUGCUUUCUACGGUAACUUCUUCAACCGAAGUUCGGACUUGUGCGCAUUCCCGGCUUUCCCUCGAGACCAGUGCUAUGUGGUUGAAGUGGCCAUCGACGAGAACUUGACCAAGAAUGUUGUUUGCCUGCAGGCGGCAGUCCUCCACACAACCUGCAACGGAGAACGACGUAUCCGUGUCAUGACUUUAGCUCUGCCAACGACCACCAACCUCGCCGAUAUUUACGCCUCGGCGGAUCAGCAAGCGAUUACAACGUAUUUUAGCCACAAGGCGGUUGAGCGUGCUUUGAGUGGAGGUUUGGAGGCUGCCCGUGAUUCCCUUCAGAACAAAUUGAUCGAGCUUCUCCAGACUUUCAGAAAGGAAUUGGCAGGUGGCAGCAUGGGCGGUGGAUUACAGUUCCCCUCCAACCUCCGCGGCCUCCCCAUUCUGUUCCUUGGUCUCAUGAAGAACGUUGGUCUCCGAAAAUCUGCGCAGAUCCCAUCAGACUUGCGGUCUGCCGCCCUCUGCUUGCUGUCGACGCUGCCUGUUCCUCUUCUCAUGCAGUAUAUUUACCCCCGCCUCUACUCUCUCCACGACAUGCCCGACAACGCGGGUGUGCCUGAUCAAGAGACAAGUCAAAUUGUGCUCCCGCCGCCUCUGAAUCUCUCAUCUGAGCGGUUGGUUCCAUACGGACUGUACCUUAUUGAUGACGGCCAGACACAGUUUUUGUGGGCAGGCAGGGACGCAGUGCCACAGUUGCUGAUGGACGUGUUCGGCGUUGAAGACAGGACUCAGCUGCGUGUGGGCAAGGGAGCGGUGCCGGAAUUGGAAAAUGACUUCAAUGAGCGGGUACGGGCAGUAAUUCACAAGAGUCGGGAUCACAAGUCCAAGGGAGUUGGCAGCAUCAUUUUACCCCAUCUCUAUGUCGUCCGAGAAGACGGCGAGCCGAGUCUCAAACUGUGGGCGCAGACCCUACUAGUGGAGGAUAGAGCAGACCAGGGCAUGAGUGCAGCGCAAUGGCUCGGAAUUCUGAGAGAAAAGGUUGUGACUUGA